ACGUCGGCCAUCUUGUACUACAGUGGCGGGAAAACGUUCGGAUACAACGAUGUUAAAAAUCACAGCUAUUCUUUCUUUAUUUUUGAUAGGUACAGUAUGGGCUCAAGGCCUCUCCUGUGACUCCUGUGGCAGUGAAUGUGCAUCAGCAUGUGGAACCAGACACUUCAGGUCAUGUUGCUUCAAUUAUUUGAGGAAGAAACGGCCGGAUACUAUGAAUGUGCGUUAUUACAGCGGUGGUACACGACCCCACGAGUUUCCAGUUUACGCAGAAAACAUCGCCGAUGACAGAUUCACGUGGUUCAAUGACAAAUUGCCGGGAAACAUGGAGGAUUUUUACGAGAGAGAUUAGAAAGAUAGCUUUAUAAAAGCUAAUAUGUAGAAAAUAUUAUGCAAUUGUAACAAGAGACCAAAUAUUAUUUUUGUAGGUGGCAAUUAUAGAACUUUGCUGGUACGUUUAUCCAAACGUAAUGACAGUUUAUUUUUUUUUUUAUUUCUUCGUGUCAAAGAGUUUAAUAACUA